GAGAGGUGAGGGGAUCUUGUGGAGCAGCAGUUAAGCUAGCUAGCUAAGCAGCAGCUCAGCAGCAGCUAAGCUAGCAGCUAGGCUAUGGAGCCGUGUUAGCGGAGGUGUGGAUGUAACAACAGGCCAUCGUGGACUCCUUAGCGGCACUGAGGUGCAUCAUGCCCGGCUGGAAGAAGAACAUCCCGGCCUGUCUCCAACCGGACCAAGAAGGAGAUGAGGGGCCAUACACCAAGCACUCUGCAGGGUCACGACCUCUGGAUGGAACCCUGGCCAUUAGAAGACAGAGUAUACCGGAAGAGUUUCGGGGCUGCACAGUGGUGGAGCUGAUAAAGAAGGAGGGGACAACUCUGGGACUGACGGUUUCAGGAGGUGUUGACAAAGAUGGAAAACCUCGAGUUUCCAACCUCAGACAAGGAGGAAUCGCCUCAAGCUGUCCAGGGGUCAGGGGUCAUGUUUAAGAAUGUGGAGGUGACGCUUCACAAAGACGGAAACACAUUCGGCUUCGUUAUCAGAGGUGGGGCUCAUGAAGACAGGAAUAAGUCCCGUCCUAUCGUCAUAACAACCAUCAGGCCCGGUGGGCCAGCUGACAGAGAAGGAACCCUGAAACCAGGUGAUCGUUUGUUAAGUAUUGAUGGUAUUCGUCUUCAUGGCACCAGCCUGUCAGAAGCCAUCAGCAUCCUGAAGCAAUGUGGUCAGGAGGCCACCUUCCUCAUCGAGUAUGACGUGUCUGUGAUGGACUCGGUGGCCUCGGCAUCUGGGCCGCUGCUGGUGGAAGUUGCUAAAACAGCCGGCUCCAGUCUGGGCGUGGCAUUAUCCACCUCCAUAUUCUGCAACAAACAGGUCAUCGUUAUCGACAAGGUAAAGCCUGCCAGCAUCGCAGACAGGUGCGGUGCGCUCCAUGCUGGUGACCACAUCCUAUCUGUUGAUGGGACGUCGAUGGAGUUUUGUUCUCUGGCUGAAGCCACUCAGCUGCUGGCUGCUGCCUGUCAACAUGUCCGGAUGGAAAUUCUACCACACCACCAAACGAGACUGGCCCUACAGGGACCUGAACAAGUUAAGGUCCAGCGCAGCACACGCCCCCUCCCAUGGGAAAGUGGGGGUUCAUCCUCCCCUCCCCUCCCCCCAUAUCAGCACUACAACACCUACCACCCUGACCACUCGUCCUCCAGAUCCCUCGCUCGCAACAAGACCACCAACCCUCCUCUGGGUCAGUCUUUCUCUCCAGGCUCCAUGUCGGCGUAUAGUCUCUCAUCCCUCAACAUGAGCACCCUGCCCAGGAAUAUGUAUCCCACAAGCCCCCGCGGUACACUGAUGAGGAGGAAGAUGAAGAAAAAGGACUUCAAGAGUUCCUUGUCCCUGGCGUCCAGUACCGUGGGUCUUGCUGGUCAGGUUGUUCAUACGGAGACCACUGAGGUCACCCUGCUGAGCGAUGGCAUCAUGGGUUUCGGUAUUCAGCUGCAAGGUGGCGUGUUUGCGACCGAGACGCUCUCCUCACCCCCACUCAUCGCCUACAUGGAUCCCGACAGCCCUGCUGAGAGGUGUGGUAUAUUACAGAUUGGAGACAGGAUAUUGUCUAUAAAUGGAGUUCCUACUGAAGACUCUACUCUGGAAGAAACCAAUCAGCUUCUUCGAGACUCUUCUAUCACCGCCCAGCUCAUCCUGGAGAUUGAGUUUGAUGUGGCAGAAUCGGUCAUUCCCAGUUCUGGAACGUUCCAUGUUAAACUUCCUAAGAAACCAGGAGUGGAGCUGGGGAUCACAAUCAGUUCUCCCUCCAACAGGAAGCCAGGUGAUGCUCUCAUCAUCUCAGACAUCAAAAAAGGCAGUGUGGCACACAGGACUGGUACUCUGGAACUGGGAGACAAGCUGCUGGCCAUCGAUAACGUGCGGGUGGAGAACUGCACGAUGGAAGAAGCCGUCCAAAUCCUCCAGCAGUGUGAAGAACUAGUCAAACUCAAGAUCCGUAAAGAUGAAGACAACUCUGAUGAACAGGAUGUGUGUGGCAGUGUCAUCUACACAGUAGAGCUUCAGCGGUAUGGAGGUCCCCUGGGAAUCACCAUCUCCGGUACAGAGGAGCCCUUCGACCCCAUCACCAUCUCCUCUCUAACAAAGGGGGGUCUGGCAGAGAGGACUGGGGCUAUCCAUGUAGGAGAUCGUAUCUUGGCGAUCAACAGCAGCAGUCUGAAGGGAAAACCACUGAGUGAAGCCAUCAGCCUCUUGCAGCAGGCGGGGGAGACAGUGACCCUCAAGAUCAAGAAACAAGGAGAGUUGUCCAGCCCUAAGUCCUGUGUGAUUGGCUCAGGUUUGGAGCAGGAGAACCAGGAAGUGGAAGAGGAGUCUGUUGCCAUGGCAGCUCCCCCCUUAGACCAACGACAGUUUAGCACCCUGCCGUCGGUGGACAGUGCCGUGGAGUCCUGGGACGGAUCCAACGUUGACAGCAUGUUUAACCCGGCAGCUCCCUUCCAGUCGUCUCCAUACAGUUUUCAUGAGUGGCAAAACAACAAGACAGCCAACAGCCAGUCACCUGCCUCCACUCGCCAGAGAACCAAUGCCCUGUCAGACCUGGGUCUGAGUGACGACGACUGGGACCGCCCACCUCUCAGCGGGUUCUGUGUGGGGCAUGAUGGGACAGAACCCGACCAGGAAGAGAACUUCUGGUCUCAGGCCCUGGAAGACCUGGAGACCUGCGGACAGAGCGGAAUACUGCGAGAGCUGGAGGCGACCAUCAUGUCAGGUUCAACCUUGAGUUUGAACCAUGACCCUGUCCCCCUGCGUAGUACGCUAGGACGCCAAGCAAGCUUCCAGGAACGCAGCACCUCUGGACCUCAGGUGACACCGCGGUCCAAUACACUGCCCUCUGACCCCCAGCGUAGAGCCUUCGCCAUGAGGAGGAUGAGACAGGAAGUCAGUGACAUCCUGACUCAGAGCCCUGUGGAACUCCACAAGGUAACUCUAGAGAAGGUUUCGGAUGUGGAAGACUUUGGGUUCAGUGUGUCUGACGGGCUGCUGGAUCGUGGUGUUUACAUAAACAACAUCAGAGCGGGGGGACCGGCCCAAUGCAGUGGGCUCAGGGCCUAUGACCGAAUACUGCAGAUAAACCAUGUGAGGACCAGGGACUUUGACUGCUGUCUGGUGGUUCCUCUCAUCUCUGAGUCGGGAAACAAACUGGACCUUGUCAUUAGCCGAAACCCUGCCUCUUCCUCUAAAACAGCCAAUCACAAUGAUGCCAUCGCCUCCAGUAACUCCACUCAGCCAAACAAUGGUGACCUGGCACUGUCAGAGCUUCCUAUUUGCAAAGGAGAAGAGGGACCGAUGAGCUGGAACCAACCAGGAGAGAGCUUGGGGGCGGGGUUAGGGAUAGGGGUUGGACUUAAUAACUCCUUAUAGCAGCAAACCAGAAUAAACCUCUUAUAACCAGACUGGACAUGAAAAACUGAUCAACACAUCCAGAUAAGAAGGAGUCAAAGUGGUCAAAUUGUAUUGGAGUGCCCCCUCCCCCCUCCCAUGGUGCUACACACCCUCUGGGUCAACUUAGACCCCUGACCCAUAAAAUAUGACCCUCGAUCUUAUAUCUGGUUCUGCACACUGAGCCUCCAAGCGCACAAUGGAUCGAACUGACCCAGAUCACCUCCCCUCCCAGUUCCACUGGUCUUACUAGGGUCAGAAAUGCAGCUGUUAUUGGCACACUGCUAGAAGGACCUACAGACAGACAGACAGACAGACUAGUAGUGAGGAAGACUGACAGACAGACAGGCCAGAGGGUCAGAGUUGGGUUGGAAAUUGAAGCCAAAAUAUCUCUGCAGCCCUCUAGUGGCUCUUUCCUGUAUAACUUUUAACCCUGCCAUCACCCAUGCAGAUGUGCUGGGCGCAGGCCGGACUACAGACAGUAGUCAAAGGAAAGUUUGCCUCAGGUGUGUUGAUUCCUUUCAGCGUGUUCCCGUCACACUGACGGCAGCCACAGCAACACUUAUCUGCUGCAUAACGGUCUGAUACAAGUCGUUUUACCGUAUUCAAAGGGACCUGGUCUGCCCCGGGGAUGAGUUGAUUGACAGCAGCAGACUGGUGAGUUGCUCAAUGAACAUAACAAGAGGGGGCGUGUUCAGAAUGCCCCGCCCCCCACCUCCACUGCACACACGCUACUUCUGGUUCUCAUGUGCUGCACUCAUGUGAGCAGGACAGAGAUGUUUUGGCUUCAGAGUGAUAUGAAGAGAGUGGACAGUGUCACGUUGUCCAGUCUCAUGUCCAGUCAGUGAGACGGGCAAGAGACAAGACUGGAUUCAGAACCCCUUCUGUGUGUUGUUGUGUCACGAGACCUGCAGACCACAGCAAUGAUGAUGAUGAUCAAGUUGAUGAUGAAGAGAAACUUAAUAAGAAAUUACAAAAUCAUUUUCUAUCAUUUAUACCUUGAAGACUGCUCACACUGUGUGUGUGUGUGUGUGUGUGUGUGUGUGUGUGUGUGU